GGUCGUGAGUGUAGAGUAGAGAUUAGAGAGUAUGGACUAUGUGCAGAGCUGAGAGAGAGAGAGAGAGAGAGACUAGAGAUUAGAGUGUGCAGGAGUUGAGCGAGAGAGAACAAGGCGAGCUUUGCUCUGCUCUGCUCAGCUCAACCAUGGCAUCACCAUCGCCAUGGAGAUGGCCAUGGAAGGCAUCGAGCGACUCCGCGAUCAAAAUUUCAACUUCAUCUUCUUCUUUCAUUUCCUCAACCGUCUUUCCUAACCUAAUAAUUCACAGAAAGCGAACUCGUCUCGUUACUAACUCCUUAGAUUCUUCUUCUUCUUCGUCAUCAUCGUCUUCUUCUGCUAAUCCUAUUAAUUCCAGGAAAAAAUUGAGAAAAUCUGUUAACCCAAUUUCAUUUCCAGAUGAGCCAAAGCACGAGACCUUUUCGAAUCGAAAUUAUACCCAAAAGAGGCGAAAUUUAAGUUUCAAGUCGUUGUUCGGACGGAGAUCUUUGUGGCGUAGGAUCUUAUUCGCGUCGACGAAAGUCAGGAGCAUCAUUUUGCUCAAUGUCAUAACUCUUAUUUAUGCUAGUAAUAUUCCAGUUGUGAAAGAGGUUGAAGCAAUUAUGGACCCGGCAGCCUUCACUGUUGUUCGAUUCGCUACCUCAGCAAUUCCAUUUCUCCCUUUUGUUUUACGAGCAAGGGGUGAUGUUCAGACCCGUAAUGCUGGAAUAGAGUUGGGAGUCUGGGUCAGUUUAGGCUACCUUAUGCAGGCACUUGGACUGCUUACUUCUGAUGCCGGGCGUGCAUCCUUUAUUUCUAUGUUCACCGUAAUUGUGGUUCCUUUGCUUGAUGGUAUGUUAGGAGCUGUGGUUCCUGCCCGCACUUGGUUUGGAGCUCUCAUGUCUAUCGUAGGAGUUUCAAUGCUGGAAACCAGCGGAUCACCUCCAAGUGUUGGAGAUCUGUUAAACUUUUUGAGUGCGGUGUUUUUUGGGGUCCAUAUGCUGCGAACUGAACAUAUUUCAAGAAGUACUAAUAAGGAUAACUUCUUACCGCUCCUUGGAUAUGAGGUAUGUGUUAUAGCUCUCUUUUCAACUAUGUGGUAUCUCAUUGGAGGCGGGUUUGAUGGCAUUCAAGAACUCAAUCCAUCAUCUUGGACAUGGACAACUUUUUGGGAUUGGAUGGUAGCAUUUCCAUGGAUACCUGCACUUUACACUGGAAUAUUUUCGACAGGGAUAUGCUUAUGGAUAGAGAUGGCAGCCAUGCGUGAUGUGUCAGCCACAGAAACUGCAAUAAUUUAUGGGUUGGAGCCAGUAUGGGGUGCUGGUUUUGCAUGGUUUCUCCUUGGCGAAAGGUGGGGAGUCACUGGAUGGAUUGGGGCGGCUCUUGUUCUAGGUGGAAGUCUGACGGUGCAAAUAUUUGGAUCAUCAUCUCCCAGUGUAUCAGGAGACGGUGAAGAUAAUAAGGGUGAUCACUUACUGGUUUCAGAUGAGCAAAAUGGUUUCUCUGCCUCUCCAAUUGUCGUGAGCUCCCGGAAGGAUGAACCUGACUUAUUAAAGAAGUGAGCAAUAUCCCUGAGAAAUUUUUUCUUUAAUUAGAUUUUGUAGUAUCAAAAUUACAGGAUAUGAUCCUUUUACUUCUGCAAAUAUGUAAUCCUCUACUAGGUUUUAGUUAGUCCAUGCACAAAAAGCGAUUGGAGGCGUACUGGCCUUCCACUUUUACAUGUAUACAUAUACAGAGAUACACGAUUACACAUCUAGGAAAUCAAAAUAUGAUGUUUAAUAUUUUUCUCUCCACAAA